UUUGUACUAAAAUAUUUGUACUAAAUCAGCAUUGUCACUUCGAUGAGAAAUGAGGGGUUUGGAUUGCUGUGCAGAGAAUGAACAGCCACCAGGGGGCACUCAUACUUGGGGAUCAACAAUCGUACAGUAAAUGGAGCAGUAUGGGCGUUACUGAUUAACUUUUGCAGUUCUGCAAGACCUUUGUCGAGGUGGGUGUCUUUGCAGAACUGGUUUCUCCUUGAAGCACCCGGGAGUUCCUUCUUUGUAUGACCUGCUAAUCUUGGGAAGGAACAAAAGAAAGAUCAAAGGAAAUAUGACAUUGACAGCUGAGAGCCACUCAGUCACCCUGAGUGAUGGGUUCAAAAUCCCUCUCAUGGGGCUUGGGACCUAUGGAGAUCCUAGGACAACUCCAAAAGGAACGGCAUGUGAAUCAGUGAAGUAUGCCAUUGAUGUUGGAUACAGGCAUAUUGACGGAGCUUUAGUGUAUUUCAAUGAACAUGAAGUAGGCCAAGCCAUCCGAGAAAAAAUUGCUGAUGGAACAGUCAAGAGAGAGGACGUUUUCUACUGUGGAAAGCUAUGGAACACUUUCCACCCUCCAGAACUUGUAAUGCCGGCACUAAAGCGAACUCUCAAAACCCUGGAGCUGGACUAUGUGGACCUCUACAUCAUUGAACUGCCCCUGGCCUUCAAGCCAGGAGACGUCUUCUAUCCAAAAGAUGAGAAUGGGAAGGAGGUAUACCAUGACACAGACCUUUGUGCUACAUGGGAGGCUUUAGAAGCCUGUAAAGAUGCAGGUCUGACCAAAUCUCUUGGAGUGUCCAACUUCAACAAGAGGCAACUGGAGUUGAUCCUGAAUAAGCCAGGUCUGAAGCACAAACCUGUAACAAACCAGAUUGAAUGCCACCCAUACUUCACUCAGCCUAAAAUGAUGGAAUUUUGUAAGAAGAAUGACAUCAUCAUUGUUGGAUACAGUCCUCUCGGAACGUCCAGAGAUCCAUCCUGGGUGAAUUUAAAAAGUCCUCCUCUGCUGGAGGAUGAGCUUCUGGUGUCCAUUGGCAAGAAGUAUAAGAAGACCUCAGCACAAGUGGCCCUGAGGUUCAACGUCCAGCGAGGUGUGGUUGUCAUUCCCAAGAGCUUCAGUCCAAAGCGCAUUAAAGAAAACUUUGAGAUAUUUGACUUCUCUUUAACCGAUGAUGAAAUGAAGGAGAUCGAGGGGCUGAACAAGAACAUCCGAUUUGUGGAGCUGCUCAUGUGGAGCGAUCAUCCUGAAUACCCAUUCCAUGAUGACUAUUAGGCGUUUUUAUUUGGGCAGAAAAGUUAUCAAACACUAUAAUUUACGGGAAAUCUGUUUUUGUUUUUAUUAUUACAGUGAUUCUGCUGAAAUGUAUCAUUAUAUCAUAUCAUUUAUCAUAACAUUUACAAUGCAAUGAAUACAAAUAAAAGACUUUUUUUUUCCCCACUCA